AUGUUGGCCACCCACAGACAUAAACACGAAUAUGUCAACUUCCCCCGGGACGCCACCCCGGUCAUAGCUGAGGCUCAUGUGAACGUUCCUAAGACCUGCCAGACAUUCUGCAAGAAAUGUGGCAAGUACCAACCCCACAAAGUGACCCAGUACAAGGGCAAGGAUUCUUUGUAUGCCCAGGGAAAGCGGCGCUAUGACAGGAAACAGAGCGGCUAUGGUGGGCAGACUAAGCCUAUUUUCGGCAAAAAGGCUAAAACUACAAAGAAGAUUGUGCUGAGACUUGAGUGUAUUGAGCCCAACUGUAGAUGGAAGAGGAUGCUGGCUAUUAAGAGAUGCAAGCACUUUGAACUGGGAGGCGAUAAGAAGAGAAAGGGCCAGGUGAUCCAGUUGUAAGCUGAUCUUGUUAUGAAGACAAUAAAAUCAUGAGCUUGUACUCACCUCUUACGAUUGCAG